AAGAUAAAACACAGUGUUGCUAGAUAUAAAUACAAGCUUAUGACUAUCAAACGCACAGUCUACUAGAAAAAUGAAAUUCUUCGCAGUGUAUCUAGCGCUUUGUUUGGUGUUAUCGCCAUCUCUAACCAACGCUGAAGAUCUGGAUCUUGAUGUUGAAACUAAACUGCCUAAAGAGAUAAUUAAGUCUUGGGAAAACUUAAUGGUUUCAAAUAUGGAACACUGCAUAGCAGAAAGUGGAAUUGAUCCAAAACGCGUAUCGGAUAUAUUUGGCAAAAUGGACAUGUCAAUUGGUCAUCUUGACUGUUUUGCGGAAUGUCACUAUAAGAAAUUGGGAUUUAUGGAUUCUGACCACAAAUUUCUUCCCAAAUUAAUGGCGGAAAAAAUUAGUGGUUUAACGGAAGAUAUCGCCAAACAUUGCACAAGUAAAUAUAAAAACGAAGAAAAUGUGUGUAACAAAGUAUUGUCGGUAGUUAAAUGUAAUAUUAAUAACAUUGCUAAACAGUAUAAUUGAAAUCCUAGUAUGUUUUUGUUAAGGUUUACAUGAUACAAUAAACUUAUCAAUUGUCAA